AUGGCGACUAGUUCGGCCAACGCAAACCCAGCCCGGAAUGAGUUCUUCCAGCAGGCUCGUGUCCCUUACCCGCUUAAGCCAUGCUGCGUCUCCAUCAGUCAGCUAGCGAUCCGGCACCAGGGCGAAACGUCCGCCUUGAAACGGCUCUCCGACUUGACCGAGGAAUUGCUUACUAUCCUUAACGAUCAAGUCAACAGAGACGCCGCCGUAUUUGACGAAAAGCUUGCCGACUACGUCUUCUUUCCGCUCUCCCAUGUCUUCCGCAGUCAUGACCAGUACCCCAAGCGCCUCAUUGAAGUUGCAAUCAAGUGUCUCACCAUCGUCAUCAUCCAUGGUUGGAAGUCGAACAUAUCGCCUCAGAUCUUGCAGCAGCUCCUCAUCCUACUCACUUUCAUCGUUGGAGGAGUACCUGGGCGAGAGGAAGCCCGUGACCUGCCCGAGGAAACCGAACUCGAAUCACUGAGGGCCCUGACCGCCCUCAUCACCGUGGCUGGCACUUCGGCUAAAGCAGCAGCGGCGCUGACCGAAGAAAAGCUGAUUCCAACACUGGGACACACCAUUACCGUACUUCUGGAAUGCGUCGCGAAUGGCAGGACACCGGCAAUCCAGCUGGAAGCUCUGCGCACACUCGGCUGCUUUUACACGGGCAUCAAGGAUCAAGCCGCACUCGCCUCCUUCCUCCCGGGAAUCGUAUCUUCUUUGACGAAGCUCCUUGCAAAGCCCUCGAGAGAGAAGAGCAGAGUUCUGAUUGCUUCCGUGCAGUCAAUGAAACAGGUUCUCGUGCAAGUUCUUGGUGAUGUCAGGACUCGAAGCAUUGCUGCAAGGCCGACCACCAACGCCUCUCCCGAUGCCGACAAGGGGGAUAUAUUGAGCCCGGCAUGGCUGAACGCCACCAAGGCUCAAAUCAAGUUGGCCCUAGCCACCGUGCUAAAGCUUCGUACGCAUGAUUCGCAAGAUUUGCGCGAAGCUUUGCUGGCGCUAUGCUUGGGGCUUCUCGACGAGUGCCAUACCUCGCUGGAAAAUUGCUCUUCGGUCCUCGUAGAAACCGCCAUGAUUCUGUUACCAACCAACCAGACUUCAUCCAUCGCAGCAACAAGUCUACAGGACCUGGCAAUUAUCUAUCCCGAGCUUGGCGAAACCGUCAAAGUUACCUGCUACAACUGGAUCACGAGUUUGCCCAGAAUCAUGCAGUCUGCUGACGAAGGCAAGAAACAAACAGCCGUUCAAAAUCUGAUGAGGGGCAUGUCCCUUGUGAGCAGCCUCCAGUUGGACUCGUCACUCCUGGACGAAUCCAUAGCAGCGGCUUUACGGGACAGCGUUACUUCUUUGGUGACUGGAGUCAAGCCAGGUAAAGUGUUGGAUCAGGUAGCAACAGAUGCUUCGUGGUACAACCAAGAUAUAGUGAAGGCCGGCGAUACGUCAAGACAAUACCAGAGCGUCCUGUUGAGCCAAGAGAGUCAGUUAGGUACAAGAUCGGCGAUGCUCGAGUUGCUCGCCAACGUGGGCCCGGCUUCUCAACAAACCAAGCUCGCUGCCGAAAUGUUGGACUACGCCAGAGAUUCGACAGGGGAUAUCCAAACAUCGUCCUUCUGGUUGAGCUUCGAACUUCUCAAGACCGCAUUGGCUCGGUCCAGCGACCUAGAUGAUCUCCUGGACUUCUCCUCACUGAGCCUUGCCGGCGACAAUACCGACUCGGUCUUUCAGGAACUCUACUCGUUUGCCGUGGUGUUGCUUGACUCUCACUCAGAAAUGUCCGAGGUCGACUGGAGGCAGGAGGCUACCGCACUCGAGGUCACUUCUUUUGCAGCCUCUCGAUCCGGCGAGGCAUUCAGACCGGAACUCAUCGAUGUGCUGUACCCGAUCACGACCUUCUUGGGUUCUUCAAUUCCACAAUUGAGAGAGCAUGCCAUCACAACUUUAAACGUCCUAGCUGCUUCCUGCGGCUAUACCAGUGUCUCUGAACUGAUCAUCGAGAACGUUGACUACAUGAUCAACUCGAUCUCCUUGCGCCUCAAUACCUUCGACAUCUCUCCAGCAUCUACGAAGGUGUUGAUCAUGAUGACUCGGCUGACGGGGCCGCGUCUGCUCCCUUAUCUGGAUGAUGUCGUGGCUUCAGUGUUCGCGGCCUUGGACAACUAUCACGGCUAUCCCGUUUUUGUGGAGAGCCUCUUCGCGGUUCUCAAGGAGAUUGUAAAUCAGGGUGCUAAGUCUGAUAAACUUCUCCUCGAGGGCCGUAAGAACGGGCCUGGGAGUCAUAGAAAGGCAGAGAGUGACCCGGUGACAGUCGAUGACAUUGUUCGUUUACUGGAGAAGCGUCGCGAGAGAGAGGCUGCAGCCUCGGCUAUCGAUGCCAAUCUCGAAAAUGCCGGCGGUCAUCCCCAAAGUCCCUGGGGCGCCGGGAACAGCAAGACCGUGGAAGAUCAUGAGGACGAUGAAGGUGCAGCCGGCAAUGAAGUCGGCAAGGAGAGACCGCCGAAAACACCGACGUAUACCCUCCUGGAAAGAAUCACGGGCUUGACGCAACAUUAUCUUACAUCGCCAAGCCCCACGUUGCGGAAGUCCUUGCUCGACCUGUUGGCCACAGUUUCUCCAGCUCUCUCGGGCGACGAGGACUCGUUUCUUCCUUUGAUUAAUGCUGUAUGGCCAGUGGUCAUCAACAGGCUAUAUGACGAGGAGGCUUUUGUCACAAUUUCAGCAUCCGACGCUCUCUCCGUCCUUUGCACCACAGCCGGCGACUUUUUGGGCUCCAGGAUCAAGACAGAAUGGUGGGAUGGGCUUGGCAAGUGGUGCCGCGCAAAAAAGCUGGAGGCCGCUCGUUCUCAGGGCAGGGGAAGGGCGCCUCAGGGAAUUACCAAGUCAGGUCGGGCGACAGCACCUACGAGUCAGGGUCUCAUCAUUCCUAUUCGAUCAGGAAGCGAUCUGCUCGGUCAUCAGUCUACAGAAAUGACCAACAGCUCGACCUCCGGCGGCUUGGGAAAAUUCGCUCAAGCCGCGCAAAUAUGGGAGGCAGUGGUUCGUCUGCUAACAGCUAUCGUCUCGCAUGUUCGACUCGAGGCAGAGGUAUUCGACGAGUUCCUGGAGCUCUUGACCGAAGUAAUCAUUCAGAAUCCCGAGACACGCCAGGCGUUUGAGGCAGUCAAUGCCGAUGCAGUUUGGCUGGUCCUAUAUCAGCAAGGACAUGUCGAGCCUCUGAAGACGCCACAACUCGAGGGCUACACCUUUCCGCCGAUGACUGGAUUGAGCUGA